UUUUGUAAGUGGGCGGGGCUGACAGAUCAUGUGACAAGAGUCGCUGCAAUGUGGUUACGACCCGCUGUGUUACUAGGGGUAUUAGGGACCAGGGGCAUCGUGAGAACCAUGUGUGCUCAGAAAGAAGACUGGAAAAAAGCAGCCUCCAUCUAUGAAUUUUCGGCCAUAGACAUCGAUGGGAAUGAUGUGUCCCUUGAGAAAUACAGGGGUUAUGUCUGCAUCAUUGUAAAUGUCGCCUCUAAAUGAGGACUGACCGGCGUAAACUACACUCAGCUCACUGCAAUGCACACCCAGUAUGCUGAGCAAGGUUUACGCAUCCUUGCAUUCCCAUGCAACCAGUUUGGCUCCCAGGAGCCUGGAACAGAAGCAGAGAUUAAAGAGUUUGCUAAGGGUUACAACGCAGAGUUUGAUCUCUUUAGUAAGAUAGAUGUCAACAAUGACACCGCUCACCCCCUGUGGAAGUGGAUGAAAGAACAGCCUAAAGGAAAAGGAUUCAUGGGAAAUUAUAUCAAGUGGAACUUCACAAAGUUUCUGAUUGACAAGAAUGGACAGGUGGUAAAGAGAUACGGUCCAAAGGAUGAACCAUUUUCAAUAAAGAAAGACCUGCCACAAUACCUGUAAUUUUUCCUCCCAUCUCUUCACGUUCUCUGGGACUCCUGACCUCUCACAUGGACCGAGGCCUUGUUGUGUAUUUUCCCUGGACUAGUGACGGCUCUGCCUGCAAACCCAUCACCGGGAAAGACUGAGCCUGAUGACUUCUGGUGUGCAACUUAACUCCAGGGCUGAUUCACUGCAGACCUCAUCGAACCAAAUGAGAGAUGUUCCUUAGUCACAGUAGAGAAGCUUUCUUCGUACAUUAGCGUCUGACAGUCGUUCUGUUUUCUGACACGCAUUAAAUUAAAUUCUUCUAAAGUUGUAUCUGCAUCUGUUUGAUUUGUAGAUGUUCAAUGCAAUUAUCAAAAGCUAUUUAUGGCCUGUAGUAUGUAUGAAAUAAACCAUUUUUGCUUCAGC